AAUUUUUAACGCACUUUCGAUUACUUGUCAAGGGUCUAUCAGGAAGCUGUCAACAAGAAUUUAUUGAUCAAUUGAACGUAUUAGUUGCAGGUUUCGGGAUGGUGAACCUGAAGAAUGCCUUGGGUGCUGAUGAGCUUACCGAUAAAAAGGUCGGUCUUCCUCGUGCUCUUCUGGCAGAAUUUUUCGGUACCUUAUUACUCAACUUCUUCGGCUGCGGUGCUGUGAUAACCAAAAAUGUUGUCGCCAUCAGUCUGGCUUUUGGUUUGACAGUAGCGUGCGUAAUUCAAGGGAUAGGACAUGUCUCCGGAGGUCAUAUCAAUCCGGCGGUCACGAUCGGUCUCGUCGUUAUCGGGAAGGUACCAAUUAUCAGGGGCGUUUUGUAUGUUGUGGCGCAAUGCGCGGGCGCUAUCGCGGGUUCAGCGAUCCUAAGGGCUCUCUCAAAUGACAAACUGGAAGAUUUUCUAGGCGUGGUAGAACUUGCUGACGGAACUACUCCAGUGCAAGGAUUCGGCGUGGAGUUCUUCCUUGCGUUGAUGUUGGUACUGGUAGUUUGCGGGGUGUGUGAUGCCGCUAAACCAGACAACAAGCCUAUCACGCCCCUUAUAAUCGGUGUGGCGGUCACUGUCGGUCAUCUCGUUGGAAUAUCACGAACGGGUGCGGGGAUGAAUCCGGCGCGUUCGCUGGGAAGUGCCGUGGUGAUGGGUGCUUUCUACAAUCACUGGUUGUAUUGGGUAGGUCCGAUUAUGGGCGGUAUAGCUGGUGCACUCCUCUACGUGCAUGCUACCGGACCUGCUAAGCAACCGGAAGCACCCGCCAGGACUUAUGCCUCCGUCUCCACCGAGGAAAAGGAGAGGUUCGAGUACAUUGACAGCGGACGUGGCGAACUUUAAGAUACGAAGAUGCCCAGACAUACAAGAGCGAUCUAGCAAUUCGCCCAUAGAUUAUAAUUUCCAUUUUAAGAAAAUAAUAAUUAAAAGUAAACAGCGAACAUGAAAACAUCCUUAUUUUACAGCUCCAGACUCUUACCAACAGAAAAAACGUCAGUCCCGCUUGAUGCUUUAAUCGAUUCUAACCAUCUUCUUCUGCCAACUCGCCAAUCGCCUAUGUGAUAAGAACUAUCAGACGACUCUUAUACACAUAAAAAUCGUGCGUGUAUUUCAAAACUGAAGUUAAUGAAAUUGCACAGCUUACUGACGGAGUGAUUUCAGAAAAACGUAAUCGUGACGACGUUAAUUUUUAUUUAUCAUUGAAAAUAUGGGAUAUAAAUAUAAUAUCUGCAUUUCAAUUA